UCAUAAAUAUUUUCAAAUUCAGAAGUUGAAUGUUUCCCAAUUUAGCCCCCCAUUUUAAGUCACAUUGUACACGUACAUAAAUCCCAACAGCCUCUCACAUUAGUACUGACAAAGCCUGAUGGGCUGUGUCUGCAUGAAGCAGAGACUUGAAUGUGAAAACUCAACUGUUCUUGCUUCUCAAACCUAUUUCAAGGUGAAUGAGAUAGAAAAUUUGUAUGAGCUGUUCAGGAAGUUAAGCAGUUCUAUAGUCGAUGAUGGGCUUAUAAGCAAAGAAGAGUUUCAGCUCGGAUUGUUCAGGAACAGCAAAACACAGAGUCUCUUUGCAGACAGGAUCUUCGACAUGUUUGAUUCAAAGCACGACGGGGUAAUAGAAUUCGAAGAGUUUGUUAAAUGUCUAAGUGUCUUCCACCCUGAAGCACCAAGAGCAGAAAAAGUGUCAUUUGCAUUUCACUUGUACGAUAUAUGGCAGACGGGAUUCAUUGAACGCGAUGAGGUCAAAGAAAUGGUUAUGGCGCUUCUGAAAGAGUCAGACUUGAUCUUAUCUGACGACAUUGUUGAAGCCAUUCUUGAUAAGACAUUCAAGGAAGCGGAUUUAAAUGGAGAUGGAAAGAUUGAUCUGGAAGAGUGGAACCAACUCGUGGAUCAAAAUCCAUCCUUAUUGAAGAACAUGACAAUUCCAUACCUCAAGGACAUCACAACUGCUUUUCAUAGUUUUGUGCUGAGAUCAGACAUUGAAGAUGACACCAAGUACUAAUUCAGCUGACACACCCAUUUGAGUGAAUGUAAUUAGCACCAGCAGACAAAAUUCCAAUGCAUGUAUCUAUGAGAACGAAAAAGAAUCUUCGACUCAUUUUAGAAAACGAGAAGAGGGACGUAAUUUUGGUCCUUCAAAUAUGGUAAUAUAUAUCCUGUAAAUGACUUGAUCGCAUGAGAUCAUGAGAAUGCAUGAUGAUUAAGUUUCGAUGGCAAUGUUAAUACUUUGAUCACAAGGCA